AUGAAACAUUGCAUGUCACAUCUAGGAACUAAAGUUUUUGCUUCACGUGGCUGCGCUGCUGCAGGAAUGGCGAUCAAAGCCACCAUCGUUUUUGUACUCAUGAUGGCCGUGGCGGUGGGCGCUGAUCCUGUAAAAUGGGCGGAGCCGCUGUUUAAAAAGCCUUUACUCCGUAAGUUGCUGCCGGAGGAGGUGAUGGCUCCAGAAACCGUGUCUUCUGGCCCACUCAGCAACGAAUCCAACACGUGCCGCUCCGGUGUGUAUUUGGAGUGGACGGCACGGGUGGGCAGCAGUGUGUUUGCCACACCACGCAUCGUCGACUUGAAUCACGACGGAAACAAGGAGAUUCUUGUGCCGACGUACACACAGUAUUUCGAGGCUCUUGACGGUGUAAACGGUGAAGAUGAAAUUGGCUUCCCGUUUGUGCAUCCCAACUUCAAGUCAUACUGCAGUCCCAUUCCUGUUGACAUGGAUGGAGACGGCAAGACGGAGUGGCUUGUUGCCAUGUACACCGGCGAGCUGAUGGUGUUUGGUGAUGAUGGAAAAGCACGUGGGGCGAUACAAGUGCCAGCGCUGCCCAUCAAGAAGAACUGGAUGAAAAGAAAUCUCACAGGAGAGGAGGCUGUAAAUCUUAAACUCCAACCUGUGCGACCGUCAGCGGAAUAUUUUGAUCGCAUCUUGCGUGCACGACAAAUGGUGGACAUGACGCCGCGUUUUCCCAAAAUGCGUCAGAAGACUGGCGACGGGAAUCACGGAGAUGCCGCUGCCGCGUUGGGGGAAUCGAGGCCACCCACGGCAAUGCCGCGUCGUCACCUUGCGGAUGUCGAUUUGGAAGAAGAAGAAGAAGAAAACAAUGAACAAGGCGACGAAAGGCACGACGUUGGUACAAUGCCCAGAGCAGAAGAAGAAGAGAGAGAAAUGGACCUCUUCUUCGACGAAGACGAAGAGGAUGUCAAUGAUGAAGGGGCCCUGUUGGAAAGUAUGGAAAAGCAGCACGGCAUCGGCGCUGAAGGCUGGUUAAGUGCGGAGGCCAAGGCGUCGAUGGAGAUGUUGUACCACCCGGAGCUGUACAAGAGCAGCGUGAACUACGAAGGCGAGAAGGAUGCCUUUAAUUUCCGCAACAUCCGCAACCCGACAACGGUGGUUGUUGCCGAGGACGAGGUGGCGGUAGAUCCCCACAUUAUGUCCACACCGGUAAUUGUGGAUGCCGACGGUGACGGGGAUCUUGACAUUGUUCUACACCUCAGUUAUUUUUUUGACAUGAAGGCGUACGAAGGCGAAAAGGCAGAGCUCCUUCCGUCUGAUAUCGACAUCAACGACUACGUGGCGGACGUGCUGAUGGUUUUGAACCUUGUGACGGGAGAGAUGAAGUGGAUGAAGGUCCUACACCUAUCGAAGAAAAACGACACCAUUCCCGCCUACGCACUCUCGUCGCCUGUCAUUGCGAACCCCGAUGAGGACUAUCAGCAGGAUAUUUAUGUGACAACGACUGCCGGGGCGAUUUUUGGCUUCAACGGGCACGGCAAACAGCUGAGUGGCUGGCCGGUGUGGAUGAGCAGUUCAAUAACGUCCUCGCCCUCAAUGGAAGAUGUGAAUGCGGAUGGUCUCAUCGACGUGUGUGCCGGUGACACAGAAGGCAACGUCGCAUGCUUUACAGCAAAUGGAAAGCAGCUGUGGAGCAAAACCUUUUCUGGCGCCGUCACUAAGCAAAUUACUUACGGUGACGUGGACGGAGAUGGAAGCAUUGACCUGGCAUUUGGCACCACCUCCGGAUUGCUCUACGCGGUGCGAGGACGCGACGGUGCGCUGCUGCCGCACUUUCCCAUCGCAACGGAGGGUCCUAUCCUUGCACCACCACUGCUUGUUAACCUCAACAAUACACAACCGUUGUCGCAGCAAGAAACAGAGGGUCUUCAUAUUAUCGUCCCUUCACACGAUGGGGUCCUGUACAUUGUGAGCGGCACCACCGGCUGUGUGGACGGUAUUGAUAUUAAUGAGAAAUCAUCCACGAUGGUUCUCGCCGACGAUAUGACUGGCAAUGGCAAGCUGGACCUUGUUGUAAGCACCCUGAGUGGGAGCGUCAUGGUGUUUGAGACACAGGCUGCAUUUCAUCCUCUCAAGGCAUGGAUUAGCCGUGUGAAGUCCACAAAUGGACUCACGGCAUCCGAAGGGUACGUUGGGGUAUUUAUUCACCCUAGUAGUCGUGUACCUCGCGACAUACGCGGAGAACAAUUUGUCCUUCUUGUAACCAUUUAUGAUCAGCGACGUGGCGAUGCUAUUAAGCGGCGGUACGGCCUCACCAUCACCAUUGGCCCACGUAUUCUGGUGCAUCACAUGGUGUACGGGGCUCCUGGGACAUACGCCAUCACGCUGCGUACCCCGCUGGAGAGAAUGUACGCCUCCCUCUUCGUUGUGAUGUUGUUACCGAAUGGGCAGAGAUAUGAAGACAGCGUAGCACUGAGCUUCAAUAUGCACUUUCUUGAAAGCAUUAAAAUUAUAUUUCUGGUACCAUUCUUGUUGGCAUGCCUCGCCAUCUCAUUUGUACGCAAACAGCAUGAGGUGCAGCCGCCCCCAUUUGAAACACAGCUCUACUAA